AAUUAUCAUCAACUAUUAUUGUUAUUCGUUCUACAUUAUCACUAUGUCAUACUUGUUAUCAAAGAACAAAAUGCAAUCUAAUAGUACUGUCAAAAUGUAAUCGUCUCAAUUGUUUCAGUUAUUUAAAUGCGUUUUAGUUAGUUAUUCUUUUUAUUACUAUUAAUUUAUCAAUUUAAGAAUGUAACAUUUUCCAAAUGUCUGUUCAUUCACCAGAUUCGAUCGUCUACCGACGAUCUAAUAACAAAAAGAUCCACCCAGUGCUACCUGUGAAACGAGUGUCAUUUCACGAAGAUGUUAUUGAACCAAACAAUGGAAAUCUCAUUCAAAUACGAAUUGGAGACUAUGGUGAAAGAGAAGCUCCUGAAGGUCAAGAAGAUCCAGUACCAAGGGAGACGUUUAAACGUUCUAUUUUUAAACAGAAAAAACCAAAUUUUCCUUCUCUUUAUAUGAAUAAUUUAAAUGUAGAUCUAAAAUCUCAACAAGACAUAUUAAAUAAAAUACAGUUAGAAGUAAGGAAAAAAGAAUGGAACAACGUUUGGAAUAAACACUUGGACUUGGGAUCUAACCAGCUUAUUAAUGUCAUUAAACGUGAUUUGUCAUUAAAAACCAAAGAAUCUAUUUAUAAGAUUUAUAGAAUGUUAAGUACUGGUGGAACACCUUUAUUCAUAGUUAUUACAAAUUUUCAGUUUUGCAUUUUAACUAAAAAUAUAUACACUAAACGGUUAGAAGUUUACUACAGUUCAAAUUUAACUAAUUUAGAUCUAAUAGCAUUAGGCCCAUAUGAACAAACUGCAGUAUUUGUCAGUGAAAAAUCAAAAAAAUGUACUUUAAUAACAGCAAUAGAUGUGCAAUCAGCCCUUGAAAUGAUUGGAAGUCUGGAAUAUUCAUAUAGGCGAAGUGGAUUAUAUGAUCCAAACAAUGCUUUUGUUGUCAUUAAUAUCAACCAUCAUGAUAAAUUAUAUGAAGCUGUAAAAUCUCAAAUUUCAAUACCAAAAAAUGAUAAAAUAAAGUAUUAUACGUGGUUGUGGUUUUAUAAAGAAAAUGAAUCUUCAAAUACUUCGAAAUCUCAUUUAGAAGAAUUUUUAAUGGUCAAAAAAGGAACUACAUGGAAACCAAAAUUUGUGCGUUUAAGUAAGGAUAUUUUGUACAUAUCUGAUGAUCCUGAUCGAAAUUCACUAUGUGAAUCAGUACCAUUAAGAUUUGGUCGUUGUAAAAAAGUGAGAAAAAUUUGUUGUGAUCGACCACAUUCCAUAGAAAUUUUGUUGAUUAAUUAUUCAAUAAUUUUGGCACCUGCCGAUUGUAGUCGAGAAGAAAAAUGGUUUAACGCCCUCAGUUACUCUUUAGUAGGUCACAAAGACAUCAAUCUUGAAGUUAAAAUACCUGAUGGUUACUGCUGUUUGUUAACCAAUAGUCAUAUUGUUCUGUAUAAUUUUCCUUAUACAAUCACUAACAGCAUGCUGUUAGUCAAUGUGGAUUCAUUAAAGUGUUCACCUUCACCAUCACAUUAUUAUGUUGUAAUUGAAUGGUCCUGUUAUGAUGCUACAUUAGAGGAUAGCUGCAAUGAUUGGGUUGUACAUUUUUUUUGUAAAUCAAGUUGUGAUGAAUUCAUAUCUUGGUUGUGUACAUUAAGACCAGAUUUAAAUGCUACAGAGUUAAAAGAACCACAAUCUAUACAACGGCAUUCAAAGAGUAAUAUUGCCUUGCGUAGAUCACUUUUUUAAUAUAUAUUCCACUAAUUU